AUGAAAUCUCUUGAUAAGAAAAGUGGUCAGCAGACUAUACCUGAUCCAGAAUUAGAGGAAGAAGAAGAAGAAGCACAUCAGGACUGGUCGCAAGUCGCUUCGCUCGUUAGCAAAAAUGCUGCUCUUUCACUUCCAAAGAGAGGUGAAAAGGACUAUGAACCAGAUGGUACUGACUUACAAGAACUACUUCUCUAUGAGGCAAGUAAGGCAAUGUUUGAUACCAUAUCUGACUCAAUAAGAGGCAACACGGUAAAAUCUGAAGUAAGAGGAUACUACGUACCGCGUAAGCAUCAAGCCUUUCUACCUAAACCCAAAGGUAGCUUUAUGCAAACAAUGGGAAGGGCUGAUAGCACAGGCGAAUACUGGCUUGAUUUUCAUGAAUUUGUUUAUUUGGCAGAGAGAGGCACUAUUCUUCCUUAUUAUAGGUUGGAAGCAGCCUCUAACGAAAGCUCAAACCACGAAAUUGAGAUUUUACUCAGUAUGGAGGAUUUGUAUUCGCUAUUUCUAUCACAACAAGAAAUGGACCAAUAUUUUGUGUUUGCUCAUUUAAAAAGAUUAGGUUUUAUACUAAAACUAUGCGAUCAAGAAGCACCAGUUAAAACUUCCUUUUACCCUGUGAGGAGGCAACGAAGUAAUUUGCAAACAAUUACUUGGAGAUUAUUUUCACUUUUUAAAAUACAAGAGAUAUCACUAUUCAGUGGUUUCUUUUAUUGUAAGUGGAAUUUCUUUUUCCGCAGAUAUACAAAAUCACCACAAUUAUAUCAGGGUUUAAACAGGCUUGUUCGUUCUGUGGCUGUACCAAAGAAUAAAAAAGAACUAUUGAAUGCAAAAUUUGAUGGAGAAUUUCAAAAGGUAAAGGAUAUUCCAGCGACAUUUAAGGUAUGGAAACCACAUGCCAAUUUCAAGAAAAGAGACCCAGGCCUUCCUGAUUUCCAAGUUUUUGUUUAUAAUAAAAAUGACAGUCUUCAGCAUUUUCCUACUUAUAAAGAACUGCGAUCUAUAUUUGCCUCCCUUGAUUAUAAAUUCGAAUUUUUAAAUGAAGUCGAGGACGAUCUCGAUUGGGACACAAACUCUUAUGUUGAAGGGAUCCCACGAAGGGAAUAUAAUCACAACAGAUGCGCGAGAUCUCAAACUGACAAAUGUAAGUCGUCUUUAAAGUCUCUGACAAAAACCAGUUCUCAAAAAAACACUGUACAGUCUAGCACUAAAAAGAAAUCAAGGGUGUGCCCACCUCAUAUACAGCAAAAUCGUAGAUUAAAGGCGGGGUAUCGGAGUUUUAUUCUCGCGAUCAUGGAUAAUGGCCUGAUAACCUUUGUAAAAAUGUCUGAAGCUGAUUUCGGAUCUGAAAAUGUAUGGUAUACACCCAAUACUCAAAGGAAAUUAGACCGAAAAUGGAAAAAGCAUUAA